AUGGUUUCGCGAAAGCGAGCACGACAGGAACCAAUGGCAGAGGAGCCCUCAGAAGAUACAAGCUUACUAUAUCGCGUACGAAACAUGUGGGAAUUCGCAAAUUUAGCUCAAUGGAUUUCUCUGUUCGGUAAAGCCGUAAAACUCAAGGACGAUUUAGAUGUUGAGUGUAUUGAGUCAGAGUGUAUGAACCCAUCCUCAACGCUUUUAAGUGAAAUCGGUCUCGCGCUCCUUAAAUUUGUAUCUUCCCAUCGGGGUCUCACGCCCGAGAUCUUUGAUGAGUACACGCGAAGACAAUAUCUUGCCAAAGCUCCUCAUUGUAAUCCUUUCGGAGAAAAUGAAACUCCUGCAAAAUUUAAUGAUUUCGACGUCUUUACGAAGAUUAAGGUGCUACAAAAACUUACGCAAUGGACUAUGGGAAACUCUGAGCGUAUCCGUGAAAAAUCUCUGGAACAAAUAGACACUGAGCAGACAAGAUGGCGGACAGAAACAUUCGGACUAGACUCUGAGAAUCGAACAUACAUAGUAUUAGCUGACAAUCGUCUGUAUCGUCAAACGAAUCUCCAGCAAGACCCACCUAUGAAAAGACCUAAGAAGGUCUCAAGAAAAUCCAAAAGCAUCCGUCGAUGCAGCAGGCGUACCAAAGAACUUAGAUCUAAUCAUAUUGGAGAUGAGAUUGGCGGAGAUGAAAAUGGGGAAAGUGUACAAGUGGAAGUUCCCGGCCUUAUUGAGGAAAAACAUGAAGGGCUUGGUUUCAUGAAAUGGGAAUGUAUUGCUGUCAGCUAUGAUGAUUAUUGCGCAUUCUUAUCCUCUAUAGAAAAGUCUAGAGACCCAAACGAAAAGCUCCUUCGGAAAAAAAUUAUCGAAGAUGUUCUGCCGGAAUUGGAAAAGCUAGAACAGUCUAGGCGUAGAAAGCAGGCACAAAAGGAGCGUGAAAUGCUAGCAAUUGAAAAGGCAGCAUGUGCGAAGAGAUCAAGCAGAAUUGCAGGCCGAUUGGCGCAGCAAAAAAAAGAUGAGGCUCAAAAUACGGAACGAAAGAGAAUUGCUGAAUUGGAACUUGCUACAAAAAAACAAAAUAAAUGGAACCAGCUUGAGAGCGAAUAUUCCCGUACUCCAACAAGAGAACAACGCCAUAAAGAAAGAAUAGCUCGCCGUAUAACACAAGAGGUAGAAACAUCUAAUCAAUCCAAUAUCGCCGGAAAGUACGAAGACGGAGAAAGAGAAUUGGUCGAACAUUUUAUCAAGAAAGAAACUAGACGAAACAAAAUCGAGCCAAGGAAGGUUAAAAAAGAUGAUGAUUGGACACUUGAUUGUAUCUGUGGAGCAUUCGGGCAAAUUGACGAUGGCACUCACAGCAUUGCCUGUGAUAAAUGCAGCACAUGGCAGCACAGCAGUUGCGUAAAAAUAACCAAAGAAGAAGCCGAUAUGGAUAAUUUUUCAUUCACAUGUAGUACAUGCAAGCGCCGCGAUGAAGACAUAAAACGUGCAAAAAAUCAGCCAUCAAUAAAAAUUAAAAUUAAGUGUCCUAGUUUAUAUUCAUCUCCUCUCAUCACAAAUAGAAUUUUAAGUUUACCAACAACUUCAGAUAUACACUCCAGUGUGGAAAGUAAUCAUCCACUCCAAAAGAAUUCCCCCAAGGACAUCUCACUCGAUGUGCAUGGAUUUUCAAAUGAGCAAAGCUUAGAAGAUCUUCAACUGAAGUGCAAUAAUUCCCCAGCGAUCUGCAAAGAUGUUUGCUCACAAAAUAGAGAUCUGGAAAUUACUAAUCACCAAAAUCUGACAGAAGCCAUGGAACUAACUAAAAUUGUGUCAGAUCCCAUUUCUUCAUAUCUUGACUCACAAAAUAACUCUGAAAAUGCAUCCUAUACAAAUUUACCUGUUUUCGAGGCUCCUCAACAACAAAGUCAAGAUCAAGAUCUAAUGCCCCUACCACAUAGCUCAAGAAUAAACCCAAAUCAAAAUGAACCAAGGUGUCCUUUAAUUACCGGAAUGCUCUAUCCUAAAGAUAAGAGUAUUCUGAAUUCAAAUCAUAACUUUGCCACAUCACCUACCAAAUUUUCCAAAUUAAAUGGAUCUGAUAAUCCUAAUUCUAACCUAGUACAUAUUCCAAAUCUUCAGCACACAUCUUGUCAGACUCAAUCCAAUGUUAUCGACAAUAAAAAUUUCAUCUCUUCUAAACAGCAAUCUCCAAUAGCUGUAAUUCCAAACUUGACCCUAACUUCGAAUCCAAUACCCACUUUAGCCAGCCCAAAUAAUCCAAAUUUAAAUCCGUCGAACACUUAUGGAUCGCCAAGUCUGAUCCCUCCUCAUUCACCGCUAAGGCUAUCGCUCAACACAGAAGGGCAUGAAUUUGACCACACCUCAGCCUUACCGCCAGCAAAGACUGGCAUUUCGCCCGUGAAGACAUCACCACUCAGAGUCAGCGAUACGGACAUUAGCUUUAGCCCACCGGCCCCAACCAUUUUACCACCAGUUGCCACCUUGAUUCCAAGCCCGAAGCUGGAUUAUAUUUGUCCACCAGUUAAGUCCUCUGAACCGGAACGUACUAGGACAGCCUAUUAG